AAUGAAUUAACCUAAAAUUAGUAAGGUUGACAUAUUGUAUUAAAGAAAUAACUAAGCUAUUCUAGAAAUGCCUAAAGAUUAUAGAAAAGGACAUUUUAUGAUUAGAAAAAAUGAAAUAAGAAUUGAAAAAGAAGAAGUAUAGCCACCAAAAAAGAAGUAUGAUUUUUUUUGCAUUUUAGAGAUACAGAUUUGAAUACUCCUAAGGAAUAUAAUUAACUAAGAAAGAAAAAUAUGUAAAAAGAAUUAAUUAAAUUAUAGUCUUAUAAUUAGAGAUGAUAGAGAAAAAUAACCUUAUUAAAGUUAAAAAUUUCUGGAUGAUUUACCUCCUACUUAAAGUUUGAUUUUGUUUAAGAAUAGAGAUAAAUAUUCACUAAGUUUUGUUUCUCAAAAAUCAGAAGUUUAUAAAUAUGUAUUAUAAUAAUUAAUUUAAGAUGUCUGAAGAGUUCUAAAAUAAAAUAUUUAAAGAUUUUGAUAAAGGGUUAGAUGCAAGAAAAAAUUAAGAAAAUAGAGACAAAGUUGAUAUUGGAGUUAAUAAAGAGAUUGCAUAAUAUGGAGAUGAUUUUUCUGGUUCAGAAGUAGAUGAAUAAUUUUCUAGUAAAAAAAAAUAAGUUAAGAGAAAAAAAAACUCAAAAAUUUCUCAUAAACUUAAUUAUUAAUCUGAUGGUGAAAAGCCAAAAAAGAAAGUUAAAUAAAAUGAAUCUGAUGAUGAUGUUUCCUCAGAUUCUGUUUAAAAUUCAAGUUUUUCUUGAUAAUGAAAAGCGUAAAAUAUGU